AUGGCACUGAGACUACUUGGUGCACAACUGCAACGAGGUCUCACUUCGAGAGCUUCUAAUAAUCUUCAGAGGAGUGCAGUAGAAUCUUUCAAGAGACCCGCAAUUGGAUCCACACUACAGCAAUACGAACGGUUCUUUUCGGAUGGAAAGGGUGGCGAUGAUGACACUACACCUCCGCAAACAGAAGAAAGCGCCGUGGUGCAGUCUACUAAUGAUUACGAUAUUGACGAAAUAGUCUCGUCUUUCCGAGAUACCUCUUAUUUUGAUACAGAGGAACGACCAGAUUAUUCGAAAAUGACCAACGAAGAAUUGGAAAACUCCAUGACCAUUCCUGGUUGGGAUUUGAUUCACUCUCCUCCCAAGGAUCGCAUGGUCCCCAAAGGUGCUUUGGUGGGAACAGUGGUUUCGACUAAAAUGCAAAAGACUGUCAAUGUCGCCGUGGAUCGCUAUAAAACCCAUCCCAAGUACCGCAAACGACUGCGAUACACUCGCAAGUUUAUGGCACACGAUGAAAAGGAAGUGGCCAACGCUGGAGACUUGGUCAUGAUCGUUCCUUGUCACAAGAUUUCCAAGCACAAGCAUUUCAUGCUACGAGAAAUUGUUCGUGCCAAGGGACAACUGUAG